UCCUAUGACCCAAUAUGACCAUCAAAGUCCUCAGCGUUGUGAAGAAUUUCAAAUUAGUGUAACAUUGCUACUUGUAAAAUGUGUUUUAAAUGAAAAUUUGUCGAAUUUAGCCUCAUUGUACCCGGCAGAGGAAAAUGUCAAGCAAUGUUACGACGUGUUUGUCCAUUGCUGUGCGCUCCGUGCGGGAAUCUAUGUUAUUUGACUCGCAAAACAGACCAAAGGAGGCUUUCUGUCAGUACUUGAGUAAUGUAAUGUAUAUAUGUGGUGUUCUAAAAGAUGAGGCCUGGGAGAAAGAGCUAAAAGACUGCCACACUCCAGAGACAUUAAAACUAUUCAAACUGUCAAGUCAAUGCUUGGAAAGAGCUCAGGAUCUCCUAAAUACUGCACAAGGUUACAACCAGGAAACUCCAAAUGAACCAACACAAUCAAAUACACCUUUACGAAAAACAAGCCAAGAUCAAGGUUCCUUACUAUCACCUGGCCCUGCAAAUGUCCCCUCAAACAGUCCUAUGCCCUCCCCAAGGGUGGUACAUCACACUCCCCCAGCAUCACCUAACCUUCGAAAAAUAUCGGUUCCAUUGAUCGACGAAGCUAGACGUGGUAACACACAGUUACUGUCUGCGUAUCGAGCGAGAAUGGAACGAAGAGAGAGACAGAUCACGGGCAGCAACGUUAGAGGGAAGACAGACGUAACUUCAUUGAAUUUGAGCCUGUUUAGAAAAAUGGCAGAAAAUAUGGAAAUUGCAAAGGCGAGGCAAUUAUCUCUUGAACGGAAAAAAGCUGAACGACAACAAAGACUGAGAGAACUUGCGGACAGACGAAUGGGACCUUCGUCGCUUCUCACAACUCACGAUCAGAUUAAGAAGGAAAUCUAUGUUAAAGUGCUCGAGUUCGAGCAAGAAUCGGUGUGGCUUGUCAGUUUGAGAGAUCAGUUGAAGUCCAACCCUGAAGAUUCCUCGUUGAUUCUACACAUCAUUACUAAAGUUCUGGGAACAAAAGAACACCCUUUGACAAAAUGCUUGUAUUCUUACCAAGUCGAGGUUCGCAACCAACUGACGAAGAUCUCCGAGCAGGCAAGAGACAUUAUCACACACAUAACAAAGAUGGAAAUCACGAACUUUAGACACAAAGAAAAACCCGAAGAUAUUCAACAUCCAGAACAAACUCAGGAAGAGUCCGACGAAAAAAUCUCGUUUGGGGAAGAGCUCAGUGAGAUUCGGGAGUUGCGCGAAGAAACGAAUGAAGGAGCCAUAAACACAGCACAAGAUUCAUAUGAAAAUGUUGAAAAUUUCCUGUCGGAAAAUCAAGAACAAGAGUAUCAAAAAAUUUUAAUUGAUGUUGUAAAUAAUGUGCAGUCUUCAUUAGAGAUAGUUCAUUCGUUGUUUCUAUUGGUGUACGAAGAGUUUUCAAGCGCGGCAGGUCAAGACUUAUGUCUGGCGUCAGUCGAAUACACUUUCUUCAGACCUUUGUGGCCUCUUCUACUUAAUUUGUACAGGAUUGCCAAUUACAAGAAAGAAGCAAGAUUGUUUAGAAUAUUCUCAGAAAAUCGUUCAUGUACUCCGGCUUUCAUGAAUGUCCCUGGUCGGUUAUGUCUGGACGAACAGGUCGCUACAAGUGGAUCAUCAACUUCCUAUCCUUAUCAAAUUGUCGUAGAUGAAUUGCAGUCUUUAACAAAGUUUGGAAGCCCGUUGGAAAAGCUUGAAUGUAUUGUUCGUACAAAUAGAGUCAUUGUCGAGUGUGUGGAGGACUAUUAUGAAUCUAAGGGCAAACCUCGGAACUCAUCGGAGACGGUUAUAGGUUGUGAUGAUUUGUUGCCAAUCCUUAGUUACGUGAUAAUAAAAAGUCAGUUGCCGCAGCUUGUGUCCGAGUGCAAAGCUAUGGAAGACUUUAUAAGUGAAGAUUACCUGAUGGGCGAGGAAGGUUACUCUCUCACAACCUUUCAAACAGCACUGGCGUACCUGGAGUCUUUACCAGACGAUUAUGACGUAAAACCCAGCUGAGGCCCUCGAAAACUUCAUCCUCUUAGGUCCAUCCAUUCUAUGACCAAGCAAGAGCAGUCUACCUCAUUCAACCAAGACU